ACCCUAAGCAAGCUCUCUCUCUCCUCCCACCGCGGCCUUGGCCACUGAAAUCUGUUUAAAAGGAGAAGCCAACCCCCGUGUGAUUCCCAAAAACCCUAGCCAAAUAUCCUCCUCCCCCCUCCUCCUCCUCUCCACCACGCCUAGGGUUUUUGCCGAAACCUCUAGCCUCCGCCCCUCUCCGCCAGUCUCCGACCUCGAAGUCCUCCGUCCUUCCGUUCUCCGAUGGGCAAGUCGAGCAAGAAAUCAGCUGCCAUGGUCGCCGCUCCUGCUGCCGUGCCGGCGUCGAAGUCUGCAAAGAAAGGUAAAAGAGAAGUUGAAGAAGUACCGGAGAAGCAGGAGAAUGCAAAGAAGCAGAAGAGCGAAGGGAUAGAGCAGGCGAUUCAGAAGAAGAAAGCUGAAGCCAAAACAGCUAUAAAGAAGAAAGUGGACAGUAGUUCAGAGGAUUCAUCUUCGGAUUCGGAGGAAGAAAUUAAGAUCCCUGCACAACAGAAGAAAGUUGUUUCAAAGGAAUCAUCGAGUGAUGAAUCAGAAUCUGAUAGCUCUUCAGAUGAGGAAGCUGAUAAAAGUAAAGGAAAAGUCCAGCAGAAGCAGCCUGCAAAGAAUGGUUCUGUCACUCUUCCCAAGAAGGAUGAAUCUACCGAUAGUUCCGAUGAGGAAAGCAGCGAUUCAGAUGAGGAAAAUACCAAAAAGGCACCAGCCAAGAUUACUAAGACGGCUACCAAGAAAGAUGAAUCUAGCGACGAAUCUGAAGAAAGUGACUCUGAUUCUGAUGAGGAUGAAAGUGCUAAGAAACCAAUUUCAGCAGUUCCUGAAAAGAAAGUCGAAUCAAGUGAUGAUUCCUCUGAUAGUGAAUCAGAGGAAGAGGAAGUUAUUGUUCAGAACAGUGUUAAAAAACCAGCUAACACUGUAGCAAAGAAGGAAUCCAGCGAGAGUAGUUCUGAAGAUGAGUCAGACAGCAGUUCAGAUGAUGAUGGCCCACCUACGAAGAAUGCUGUGGAUGUUUCUGCUAAGAGGCCACGUGCGACAGCUCAAGCAAAGCAGACCCAGCAGGUAAAGAUGGAUGUUGAUGAAAGCGACAGUGAGGAGGAUGAUAGUUCAGAGGAGAGCGAUGAAGAGCCACAAAAGAAAAAGGCCAAGAUUCCUGUAAACAAGUCGAACGGGAAAGUUAGUAAAAAAGAAAGCAGCAGUGAUGAAGAAACCACCGAUGACUCCGAUGACAGCUCAGAUGAUGAGCCCAAGAAGACAUCAAAGAAGGAUGCUGAUGCAGAUAUGGUAGAUGCUUCUCCUGCCUCAAAAGAAAUGUCGGAGAAAAAAGCGCCGAAAACGCCUGUUACAUCUCAAAUCACGGGCUCAAAAACUGUCUUCGUUGGUAACCUGCCAUACUCAGUUGAAAAAGCUGAUGUAGAGAAGUUUUUCCAAGCUGCUGGUGAAGUUCAGGAUGUACGCUUAGCUGUUGAUGCUGAUGAUAGGUUCAAGGGGUUUUGUCACGUUGAAUUUACCACAGCUGAAGCAGCACAAAAGGCUGUAGAAUACAAUGGAGAGUAUCUUAACGAUCGCCAGAUGAGAAUCAGUUUGGCGCACGAAAGGGGAGCGUAUACUCCACAAAGCGGCAAAGGUAACUUCUCAUCGCAGAAGGGAGGAAGGGGUCAGGCCCAAACUGUUUUUGUGAAGAAUCUUGACAAGUCUGUUGGGGAGGACCAGUUAAGAAGCAGCUUGACAGAGCAUUUUGGGGCCUGUGGCGACAUUUCAAGAAUCUCAAUUCCUAAGGAUUAUGACUCCGGUGAACCCAAAGGGUUUGCUUACAUUGACUUUACAGAUAGCAACAGUUUCAGCAAGGCUUUAGAGCUUAAUGGGACUGAACUAGGUGGUUAUCCAAUCGCGGUGGAUGAGGCAAGACCGAGAGGUGACAGUGGUGGUGGUUUUGACGGUGGCAGAGGAGGUGGAAGGAGUGGUGGAAGGAGCAGUGGUGGAAGAGGUGGUGGAGGUCGCUUUUCUGGCAGAGGGGGUGGCCGUUUUGAUGGUGGCAGUGGAGGUGGCCGCUUUGGUGGUGGCAGAGGAGGUGGCCGCUUUGGUGGUAGAGGGCGUGGGACACCUAAUAGACAAAGCAUGUCAGCAUCCGGGAAGAAAACGACAUUCAAUGACGACGAGUGAGGCCAUCGGAGGAGUAUCGACACUCGCUGUGACUAGAGUGAGACGCGGUACUGGACAGGUUUUCUAGUGAUAUGCUAUAUUUAUGAACGAAGCAGCAAGACACAGACCGACCCAUAAUUUUGUAUUUUGGAGACAGCGUACCCAUUUCGAUUGCAAUUUUGAUAUCUUGAAUGUUUUGAUA